CCCUUGUUUCCGUUCUAAAGCUACAACAUCAUGUGCUUUCUCCCUUUCCUUACCAUAUUACAGAGUCUUGUCUUUCAAUUGUCUCCUCUCUCAAAUGAGGACAAGUGUGCAAGGGGAAAUGGGACAAAGAAAGGGAAAUAAUAACAAGAAGGAAGAGGGAGCAGGAAAAAAGUGCAGGAAGAUAUAGGGGAAGAAAUCAUGUCUGCCAGAAAGAGGAGGGAGCCAGCAGGGCUCCUCAGCUAGUGGCUAAAAGCGCAGUAUAAACUGGGACUGCAUUCGCACUAGUGUGUGAAGCUGUGAGUCAGACACAUUCCUGCAUGCAGUGGUCAAGGCAGCUCUCGGGGGUUGGUUCAGGGGGCAGAGCUCACCUCUCCAGAGUCUGUCUAAGCUGAGACGACACAGACUUGGGAGCAGAAAUCCACUUAUUCACCAAGUCUGCUGGUUUCCCCGGGCCCAGCAACAAAUGAGGAGCUGGUAAAGAGAAGAGACGUUUCCUUCCAGCUGUCAGAAGUUAUCUUGCACCUAUUGGUCUUGAAGGGGAGGGCAGUGUCCCCUUCUUGGCCCUUUGAUGGUUAAGGGAAACAACCGGACAGAGCUUGUGAUGGACAAGACCAUCAAAAUGGACUGGGCGGCUGGAGGUGAGGAAUAGACUUCUCUGGAUAACCUGUCUAUGUCUGAUGAACUCUCGCCAUUCUUCCCUUGACUGCUUUGCUGUUAAGGCUAGACGUGUCCCAUACAGUGAGUGGAGAAGGAACAGGUCUCAGAGUUUGAUUUGUUCUUGCUCACCCUACUCAAAGAUGUCUUACAACCCUUCCUUCAUCAGCGCAAGGCCUGGAGAGGAUCCCAAGGGUGGUAGUUUCUUGGAGGAAAGCAGCGGUGGGGGUGAUGACAGUAGUGUCCUGGGAGGGGACAGCCUGGUCACGGGGCCACUGGGUGCAGUGCUGCUGGUCAUGUGCCUCACUGGGAUGGUGGGGAACAUCUACACAGUGGCGGUGGCCUCUGGCAGGGUGGUGGGCUACUCAGCAGGCUCCCUGGGGGUCUAUGUGAUCAACCUUGCCCUGGCUGACCUCCUGUACCUGUCCACCAUCCCCUUCGUGGUUUGCACCUAUUUUGCCCAUGACUGGUUCUUUGGGGAUGUGGGCUGCAGGCUUUUGCUCAGCCUGGACCUCCUCACCAUGCAUGCCAGCAUCUUCCUUCUGACUGCUAUGAGCCUGGAGAGGUACUGGGCGGUGGCGAGGCCGCUGCAGGCCAGGCGGGUCAGCAAUGCUUACCGCAAACUGGCCAGUGCCAUCCUCUGGCUCCUCUCGCUCCUGCUUACGGCCCCCAUGAUGGUGAUGACCCAGCUGGAGGGGGACAGGCCCCACAAGCGCAUCUGUAUCCCCACCUGGACACCAGCAGCUUUCCGGCUCUACCUGACAGUGCUGUUUACCACCAGCAUCCUGGCACCCGGUGUGGUGCUGGGCAUCGUCUACACCCGCCUGGGCUGGGCAUACCGGGCCUCAGCCUGGGGUCUGGGGCUGCCAGUGGCUGGCCGGGCCCCCUCCCGGCGGCUCUUCUCCAGGAUCUCUGCCAUCGUGGUGGCCUACUGGGCCUGCUUCCUCCCCUUCUGGGCCUGGCAGCUGGCUGGGCUGUACCAGAAGGAUGGGCUGGGCAUCGGCCCCACUGCCCAGGCCUACCUCAACUUCGGUGUCACCUGCCUGGCAUAUGGCAACAGCUGUGUCAACCCCUUCCUCUACACCCUGCUUGCCAGCAGCUACCACCGGCGCCCUGGCCACAGUGGGAUGGGCAUGGCACAGCCUGCAGCACCCUCCCGGCAGGCUGCAGGAAGCCACAGCCUCCCCCUGACUUUCAAGGAGUUGUCAGGGUCUCUGAGGGAAAGCGAGGUGUGAGC